AGGGAGUCGCGCCCUGAUGUUUUCUAAAGUAGCAGUGAGGGCGGAAGUGCGUGUUAAAGUCGCCGGAAGUGAUCUGCAGUGAGGGUGUUCGGAACCGGUUUCUUGCAGUAAAGGUGCCGGGUACCUACACGGAAGCGAUGUCUGUGACCAUUGUGGUGCAGUACUGUGAGCCCUGUGGGUUUAAGCCUCACUAUGAGGAGCUAGCUGCCGCGGUGCGGGACGAGUUUCCUGAGGUCAUCAUUGACUCCUGUCCUGGGGGCACAGGAGCAUUUGAGAUCGAAAUAAAUGGGAAACUUGUCUUCUCCAAGCUGGAACUUGGUGGAUUCCCCUAUGAAAAAGACCUUAUGGAGGCCAUCCGAAAAGCCAUAAAUGGUGAACCGGUGGAGAAGAUCACCAACAGCCGAGCACCUUGUGUCAUUUUAUAGAGAGCUCCAAGCCUGUGUCCGCCAUUCACUGUGACCGGUCUACCCCAGGGUAGCAGUGUUCUCCAGCUGUGGCAAAAACUACAACUCCCAGCAUGCCCAGACAGCCUUCGGCUGUCUGGGCAUGCUGGGAGUUGUAGUUUUGCGACAGGUUGGGGGGACACUGCAGUAUAGCCACUGUACAGGUAUAGUUAGUUACCUACAAUUUGUACACACUACUACUACUACUACUACUACCGUUACUGGCUGCUGCUUUGUGGAGCACCAUACCCAUAGUCACCAGUAGUAUAUAUUGGCAUUAUCAUCAAAAUGUAUGCUGCUGUAUACCGUGGCGUACUCUUGGCGGGUGUAUUGAGUAUAAUGGACGAAACGUAAUCUACAAGUGAUUGUGGUUUGCUGAUUUUGAAUCCUACCCAGGAUCCGUAUAUGUUCAGGAAAUGGGAUGAGCAUAGUCACUGGUAGACUUAAAGGGUACCGUUCAUCAAAAAAACUUUUGAUACAUUGUAGAUUAAUGUAUGCAGAAUAACUUUACAAUUGCAUGUUAUUAAAAAAUAUGCUUAUUUCUAUUUAAUUUUCCACUUUGAAAAAAUGACCACUAGGGGUCUCCCUACCAGUCCUGGCCGCAAGCCCUUUUUAUAGAUUUCAGACUCAUGCUGGAGUCCUAAAUCUCAGACUGCAGCCGGGACACAGACAAGCUCAGCACUGCUCCCUGCCUGUCAAUCGGACAGCAGGGUAUACUCCUGACUCUGCCUUACUGCAUACCCUCAUUCAUUUUACAAUCUGAGCUCCGAUCUACCUUCUCUCUGCACAUGUAGUUGUUAACAGAGAGGAGAAGAUUCAGAGCUGCCAGCUGAGUUUGUCUGUGUCCUGGCUGCAGUCUGAGAUUUAGGACUCCAGCAUGAGUCUAAAAUCUAUAAUAAAAAAAAAAGGCUUGCGGCCAG